GGGCUGGGCUGUCUCCAGAGAGCAGAGGGCAACCCAUUUGGGCCCUUAGCAAUAGCCAGCGUUCUUCCAAGGCAGAAGUCUGGUCCAGGUCUUCCCAUAAGUCCCCGGGCUUUCUGCAGCAGGCAGUGUGGCUGGCUCCCUCAGCCCUUGCUCUCAUCACGGCACCCAUCCCAUCCUUUCCCAACAAUUCAUUUGCUCUGGCCCAGGGAGAUGGGAGAGUUGGGGUGUGGAGCCCAGGACUGAAUGCUGGUGGCUUUGGGCAUGGAGAAUGAGUUUCUUUGGACAUGUCUGUGGGACACUGGGGUGGACAUGUGCAGACAGUGCUCUCCUGGUGAAUGGUGGUACUUUAAAGUCUAGUUAGGCUUUGGAAUCAGAAGACCUGGGUUCAAAUCCCAAUUCUUCCAACUAAUAACGACCUGUGUGACUUUGGGUAAGUCCCUCACACUCUCCUGGCCUCAGCUUCUCUCUUCUGUAAACCGGGGCUUAGCUGAAUUGAGAGCCAGAAUCCUUUCAGCUCUAAACCAAUCGUCCUGUGUGGCAGCAGCAGGAAGGUGAACUGGAGGAGGCUGGACUCCUGCGUCCCAAAGGCCUGGGUUCAACUUUAGCCUCAGCAGGCAAAUGCGGCUGUUGGAUGGGGUUGGAUGGGAUGCCCGUCCCCCAGGGGGUCCCGGUUUGUCUUGAACUUAGUAGUAUCCCCACGGUUCCGGUAUCUGCCAGUCAAUAAGUGAGUUUUCCGCCAACCCAACCCAAAGGGCCUUGUGGCUCAAGAGGCAACUAAGGCUGGGAAGAGCCUCAGUUUCCUCCUUUGUGAAAGGGGCCAAUAACAGGCAGCAGGAUGGAAGGAGAUAGAGAAAAUGCUAUGCAUGCUUGUCUCUUAUUGACAAUCAGUAUUAGCUGAACGCUGGGCCUCGGCCUCGGGGCGGGGGUGGGGAGUGACUGGAAGCCGGACGCAGUCGGGAGGGGGUACGCCUGUUCCUUUGCUUCCAUUGCUAUCCUCUGGGCCCCAGCCACCACCCUGGUCCUGCCCCCUCGUGCACGUGCAGCGCCACGAGUUCGCCGGCCCCGCCCCCGCAUUCCAUUGGCUGCUCCUGUUUCUUUCUCCUCCUCCACACCUUCACCCCCGCGCCCAGGACAGCUGCGGCUCCACGUGACCCAGCGGAGUCUCCUGCUCUCCGCGCGGCCAGCUCGCUGAUUGGCUCCCGCCCAAGCCCUAAAGUCCUCUCCUUCUGCUCCGCCUGGCUCUCCCCGUGGUGACGGGGCCCAGGGUUAAGAGGCACGAGAGUGGGUGGGGGGUAAGGAGAGCGCCGUAGGGGACGGAGCUUCCGAGGAGCCAAGAAAGCGCCAGUUACUGACACUUGCGUCCGUGAGACCCAAUCAGCGGCCGGAGGCGGGGCCUCCGGAGGCGCCUCUCACCUGGCCCCGCACGUGCCUCGCGGCUCCCCGGCCGCUGCACCAAUCAGCGUGCGGAGCGGCGCUCGCUCCGCCCUCCGGGGGCGGUACCAUCACGCGGCCAGGCCUCGGGCCGCGGGGGUUCGCCUUCUGAAUAAUGAAUGUGCUGGAGCGCUGGGGGAGCCGGGGGAGGGGAGAGCGGCUGUGCGCGCCUGCGCAGUGGGGUCUCGCGGCAGUAGCGGCGGCUCCUCUGGGCGCCUUCGGCCGGGAUCUGCAGCCUAGACCGACGCGGGCCACCAUGUCCGACAGCGGCGGGGUCGAAAAGAAGCUUCCGCUGGAGGCCGAGGCGGGACCGGGGCGGGAGGUGACAACCGCGGAGCGGGGCCCUCCGGACCCCUUCCCCCUAGCGCUGAAGAAGCUGAUGGAGAACCCGCCGCGCGAGGCGAGACUCGAUAAAGAAAAAGAGAAAGAGAAACUGGAAGAAGAUGAAGCAGCUGCUGCCAGCACCAUGGCUGUGUCUGCCUCCCUCAUGCCCCCGAUCUGGGAUAAAACAAUCCCAUAUGAUGGAGAAUCCUUCCACCUUGAGUACAUGGACCUGGAUGAGUUCCUGCUGGAGAAUGGGAUCCCUGCCAGCCCCACUCACCUGAUCCAGAAUGCACUGCUGCCUGGGAUUGAGUUGGAGGGGAAAGAGUCCACCAGCUCUUCCACAGCUUCUCCAUCAUCAUCUUCCACCAUGGUCUUUCAGCCCUCAGAGACAGCUUCCAGCACAGAGUCCUCUGUGGAAAAUGAAAGAGAGACCCCCAGCCCCAUUGACCCCAGCUGUGUGGAGGUGGAUGUGAACUUCAACCCUGACCCUGCGGAUCUGGUCCUCUCCAGUGUGCCUGGGGGUGAGCUCUUCAACCCUCGAAAGCACAAGUUUGCCGAAGAGGACCUGAAACCUCAGCCAAUGAUCAAAAAGGCCAAGAAGGUCUUUGUCCCCGAUGAGCAGAAGGAUGAAAAGUACUGGACGCGCCGGAAGAAGAACAACGUGGCUGCCAAGCGUUCCCGGGAUGCUCGGAGGCUGAAGGAGAAUCAGAUCACCAUCCGUGCUGCUUUCCUGGAGAAAGAGAACACAGCCCUCAGGACCGAGGUCGCAGAGUUGCGCAAGGAAGUGGGCAAAUGCAAGAGCAUUGUCUCCAAGUAUGAGACGAAAUACGGACCCUUGUAAGCACCAUCCCCUCUCUGUGUUAGACAUCUCUGCCGAGGGACUCCCAGAGCGAGUGUGUGGGGAGGCACUGGGACUCGCCACAGCUAGCAGGAGGCCCGCUGCUCCCAGCCUGCCUUGUGCCAGGGCCCUUCUGCCCCAAGGGUGUCCCAGAGGGUGCAUCUGGAGGACUUGGUCACCCCUCACUCUGAGGGGCAGGAUUCCCUGCUGGUGGAGGAAUAAAGGGACUAUCUUUAGAUGGGUGACUAGGGCUCAGCUUUCUACCCUUGGACAUCCCAGUUGGAUUGGAAAGGGGACCCUCUGGAGUGUACAGCCUCCUUUCAUUGAGUGCUCACUCUUUCUUUGACUUUCCUUCCAUUUUAGAUCUGGGCUAACAAGGGCUGCCUCUCUGUGGCAUCUUGGAAUGGUCCCUGGUUUUUCCUGCCCUCACAUCCCAUCAGAUAGCAGGGUGUGUUGGCCAGGUAGGCUAUCCCCUUGGAAGAGGGGCAGGAUCUUCUGGAAUAGGAAAGGUCCCUGCCCACCCUCGUUGGCGCUCUGCUCAACCCACAGUCUGGUGUUUCCCUGGUGCCUCACUGUCAGCAGCCUGUGAGCGUGUCCUUUAGCGCCUGCAUUAGAUCCGAACCAGACAUGAUGGCAGGGGGAGGUCAGGAAGCAGCGGAGGCAGCCAGGACUUAGGAAUUGCCUCUGUCCUGUCUUCAAUUGAGCCACCAGUCAUUAUCACCAAGGUCAGUGGGAGGGAGGGAGGGAGGCCUGUUGGCCACCCCAGAUUGCCUACGCCGGUUCGUCAUGCCUGCUGUGGCCAAUUGCAGAUGUUUUAGAUGAACUAGGGAGGAAAGGUUUCUUUCUAGGUGGUCCUGGUGAGCAGACCCUGUGGUUUGCGCCUCCCCACUUUGAAACAGGCCACAGUGAGUGGUCUAGGGACACUUGUCGAAAGGAGCACAUCUAAUUUUUGUCUUGGCGAUCGGUGCAAGGGCUUUGUCCGGUGUCUGCACCGAGUGGGCACGAGCUCUCCCCACGAUCUCCCCUGAUGUCGUCCUCUUGGCCAGCGAUGGGAAAAGUGGAAGUUUAGGGACCAAGGCUGCUAGACCUGGACUGAUUUGUAAGAGAAGAAAAGCUUGUGAGUUGGAAGGUUCUGGGCAGUUGUGCAAGUCGCAAAGAUCCCUUCUGUGUCCCCAGGUGGCCUAGCCAUUCAGCCCCCUUGUCUCCAGGCUGGUGUGGGGAUGAAGGCAAAGCCACGUGUGUCCUUGACUUUUUAGCUGGUGCUCGCCCUUCGCACUAGAUUGGUCUCAUUUCCUCUGCCCCGAUGAGACCCUUCCAAGACCCUUGGGCCAACUGGAAAGCCCUCGAGUCGCCUGGGAUUCUUUGAAGGGUGGGCAGAGGGAAGGGAAGGUGCAUGUGUCAGAAGGCAAGGAGAUAAUGGACAAAAUUGUCACACUUACCACUUUGCUUUAUUUAAAGCGACCUGUCAGAUUCCGAGUAACGUCGCUCUAAAGACUUUUAACAAACGCGAAUGUUAAAAACCACAUGUGAGCCCAUCGGCAGUGGCCAGUGACGUCCAGGAGGCUUGCCACGUCUGGUGAUGAUGACCCACUUGCCUGCCUCUGGGGGUGGCCGGAGGACAGUGCCUCCCUCAGUGCCCCCCCGAGGCUUCCGGUUGGACGUUGGAAGACCCAAGAGACACGCAGGACUUCUCCCCGAGUGAGCCCGGCACCUGGCCGGGCAGCCCCCGUCCUGCUGUUGGCGGCAGGGAUAGAAGCAUGGGGGAACUGCUUUGAUGUGUCUUCGUUUUCCUCGGCCAGAGACGCUCUGGUUUCCUUCUAGGUACAUAGCCAGCUAGACCUGUGUAUAUACAUGUAGACUCGUGUUUAGGAGUAAGCCCUGCUAACCAUUUCUUCAUCGCGGUGGGUCCGGUUGCCAUCGUCUGUUCUGAUGCCAGUGAGUGGGAUGGUUCUCUCCACCCGCUGGGCCCCAUCCCCCACAGCUGCGCCAAAUGAAAGAUCCCUAGUCCAAGUCAGACAGCAGGAAGGCAGGAGCUGGAUUGCGGCCGAUUGCUUUGGACCUGGCAGGCCCUCCUUCAACUGUGGCCAAAGACGUGGGCCCACGUGGAACCAAAAGGGGAGGGGCCUUGUGAUUUCUUUCACGGUACCGGGAGAGCUCCUUCGACCCCCAGCCACACCAUUUCUUGUGCCAAGAAGAGGACGCAGAGAUGAAUUCUGUAUUCUGAGAAGAGGCCUCGAGAGCAAAGGAAGGGUGUUUUCUGGGAUGUGGGAGGCCAGCUGGGGGCGCUCUCCUUUGUCUCUCAGCAUCCUGCCUUCAGCCUCCUGGGGGGAGCUGCUCCAUUUUGGAUCCUUCAGAACUAUCAAAUCAUGAGUGAGCCCGAGUGUUAGAAACUUCUACACAAAAGAAGUACAGCCCGAGCUGGUGGCGUGUGGCCCUGGGGGCGGGGGCGGCCCUGCUGGCUUCCUCUUUGGGGGAGCUGUGCUGGCAGAGAGGCUGCCAGGGGGCCCGGGCCCUCUGGCCUCUGCUGCCUGCUCACUGGGCCCUGAUCCCUGUCACGCGGACCACCUUGCAGCUCCCGGAUGGGGACUUUGCUCGUAUUUCUGCUAGUGUAGCACAAUACGUUUUCAUGGGGGGAAAAGACAAUGGCAAGACAGCUGUCGUACUGUGUUUCUGGUGCCAGAGGGCCACGUGAUGCUUAUUUUUCUACGUGUUGGAGAGUCUGGGGCAGGCAGGGGCCGGGUGGCAAAGGGCGCUUCCCGUCCCCUCUGGGAGUGUGUCUGGGCGAUGGACUCAUUUGGUGUGAGCUUCUAAGGACAAGGCAGGAGGGAAGCCAAGGAAGAAGGUGCUGCAAGCUCGGACCUUCCCCUACGAUAACUCGUUGGCCUUGUGUGUCCUCGUGUGUAUGUGUUCUGCCUGUGGGGUGAGAGGGAGGGGGUGGGAAUGGGACCUUCCAGAAAACCCAAGGAAUUAAAUAUUUUGAGACAAA